AUAAACAGCGUCAGUGCAAUGUCGUCAUCCACGCAAGAAGGUCGCUUAUUUAAUUUAUUGUAACCACGAAAUGGGAGUUAAGUGUCAAUUGUUAUUAAACAACGAGGGAUUUUCUCUAUACAAGGCUGGGGGAAUAGUGGCUGGGACUGUGAAUUACCUUGUCGACAAACCGAUAGAGUUCUGGUGUGCUACAGUAUCACUGAUCGGUACCGGAUAUUGCAGAUGGGAAGAAGGUAGCGGUAAAACAACUACUAUAUACAUCGGGAAAGAAAAUUAUGUAGAGCAACACAUUGACAUAUUACAAUUAAAAAAUCAUGAAAUAGUAAAAAUUCAACCAGGAUCGUACCAAUUUCCAUUUCAAUUUUUACUUCCCGAGGAUUUACCGUCAUCGCAUGUAGAUGAGACUGGUAAUAUAACCUACAAAAUUAAAGUUAUAUUCAAGAAAGCAGGUUUUAUUAAAUCAUCCGAGAAAUUCAGUACAACAAUCCAAGUCUACAAUGAUGCCAAACCAUGUUUACCGGAACCUCUAACGGCGGGAUUGAAAAAGGAAUUUCUGUUUUCGUCUAAAAACAAAUUCGUCUUUAUAAAAGGAGAAAUCGAUAGAACAUUUGUAAAUGCGGGAGAAAACCUUAUGCUUACAGUGACAGUAAAUAAGAAAACAAAUAUCCCAAUCACUGGAAUAAGAACUGAGUUAGUAAACCUUAUGACGUAUACAUCUAAUUGUAAGCAAACGACUAAAGAACACAUUACUGUAAAUGGAACGGUUAGAGAAUAUCCUGGAAUUACUGAUAAGAGCGAGACUACAUUCAGAUAUAUAAUCCCAUCGUUCCCAAAUUUAUUUUCGAUACAAAAGUCUAACGUGAUUGCUAAAGAGUACAAAGCAAGGGUGACGGUUGCAUUUCCUUUCCCUCAUAUAAAUGCCUCAUUAGAUCUGCCAUUAGUUUUAAAUAUGGUGAAUCUGGAAGUUAAGAAAAAUGAAAUCGGAGAAGGAAAAUCAACGUUAACCCAAUCGUCAUCAGCGGAUCAGCCACCAUCAUAUUGGCAAGUCAUGAAUGAAGAAAAUAAUAAAAGUGACGAUGAAGUUGAAGAAUACGUUGGAGAAAAGAAACAGAAUUAUUUUGAAGCUCAUUCAAGUAAAUCUUAAAGUUAAAAUUACUUUUAUUAGUGUAAGAAUUAGUGCAAGUGAUGUAAAUUUGAUCAAACAUACAAUCAUGUCAAAUGUAAUAUAACGAACUUACUGCAGUUUUAAGAAAAACAGUGAUAUGGUUAUUAUUUAAGAUUUUUAUUUACACGUGGCUCUACUCCUUAGAAUAAGUAUUACAAUAAUAGCGAAUCGAUUGUAUUUGUCGGCGAAAACUUUUUGAAUGAAAUUUCAGGAGAAAAUAAAAACUUUAAAAAUAUUGCUUU